GGGCGAGUCAGUCCGCCUACACGGGCUUUGUGUUGAUGUUCAGGCGGUGCUACAGGACUGACAGUUCGCCACAAGAGCAACACCAGAGAUCAGCAUUCCCAACACCCGACCCAUCCACCAUAAAGAGAGGGAGAGAGGGAGAGAAAGAGCACAGACAGGCGUUGUUUUGGGCUAUUUGAUUUGUAAGGCAGUGGAGCUGGACUGAAUCAUGGCCACUUCUACGUCUUGCACCGGCUCCACGCUGCUGGAGCCAAUUAGUAAGAUGAUUCACCUGCCACUGGACCAGGUGAACUUUGUGGUAUGCCAGUUCUUCGCCCUGGUCACGGCCUUCUGGUUCAGACUCUACCUGCACCCUAGCAAGACGAGUCCCUUCAUCCGGCAUGUAGUCGCCACCCUCCUGGGCCUCUACUUGGCCCUCUUCUGCUUUGGCUGGUAUGCCUUACACUUUCUGGUACAGAGCGGUCUUGCUUACGGUGUUAUGAUCUUCACAGGUGUAGAACACAUGCACAAAUACUGCUUUGUGGUUACGCUGGGAUAUCUCACUUUCUGCCAGGUCACAAGAGCCUAUGUGUUUGACUACGGCAUGUACUCAGCAGAUUUCACUGGGCCCAUGAUGGUCAUCACACAGAAGAUCACAAGUUUGGCAUUUGAGAUUCAUGACGGUUUGAUGAAGAGGGAGGAGCAUCUAAAGCCCAGUCAGAAGUAUCUUGCAGUCAGGAAGAUGCCCAGUCUGCUGGAGUAUCUGAGUUAUAACUGUAACUUUAUGGGGAUCUUGGCCGGUCCAACUUGUUCCUAUAAUGAUUACAUAGCCUUUAUAGAAGGUCGAUGGUAUGAGCCCAAGCAUCUGGAGUCAAACGGCAAGGAGAACGGGAAAUUCAAGCAGAGUGACCCUUCACCUAAGAGGGAUGUGAUCCAGAAAGUGUGUACAUGUGCUCUGUCACUAAUGGUUUAUUUGGUGAUCUACACCAUCUUCCCCACGGACCGUGUCAUCGACGACACCUUCAUGGCCUCUAACCCUUUCUACAUCCAAGUCUUGUACCUCUACAUCUCCAUGUUGGCUUUACGCCCCAAAUACUACUUUGUAUGGACGUUAGCCGAUGCCAUCAACAAUGCGGCUGGUUUUGGGUUUAAUGGCUAUAACGCAGAUGGCACCCCAAAAUGGGACAGAAUAUCAAACUUAAGAAUACUUGAUAUUGAGUUUGCCACCAGCUUCAAGAUGUUCUUGGACAACUGGAACAUACAGACAGCACUCUGGUUGAAAAGAGUGUGUUAUGAGCGCUGCCCGUACAAUCCGACGGCGGCCACAUUCCUCCUCUCGGCCAUCUGGCAUGGAGUUUACCCGGGCUAUUACCUGACCUUCAUCACAGGCAUCGUUGUAACAAUGGCAGCACGGGCAGUAAGACACAAUGUGCGGCAACAUUUCCUGGGCUCGGCCUCGCUCAAGCUCAUCUACGAUGUGAUCACGUGGUUCUGCACGCAGUUGGCCGUUUGUUACAUUGUUGUGCCAUUUGUACUGCUGGCAGUGGGGCCUUCCCUGAAGUUUUAUAGCUCGUGGUACUGCUACAUUCACCUGAUCUGCUUGUUGCUGGUGCUGGUUCUUCCUGUGAAGUCCAGACGCACGAAACAACAGGAACAGCCGCGCAGCGAACAGAACUGUCUCUCCUCCCCAGACGACAACUGCAACCAGAAGCAGAAAGCCACAUGAGGGCAGGAAGGGCUGCUCGACCCGCACACAGCACUGUGAGGAACUCUGAUAUCAUUACUGAGAGACAGAGAGCAGCCGUUUCCUCCCUCGGAUCCAACCACACUGACAGUGACUUUAACAAGGCAUAAACUCCAGCAACAAGACACGGUUAACCCUAUAGUUGCCCUGUUGGAGAUGGGUUUUAAACAGGAAAUCGAAAUAGGAGCGUAUGAAAUUGGGAUGAUUGAUUAUGUCAGUUUGUGUCAGUUCAUCUGAAGUUGCCUUAAACCCUCCAUAUAUUUAGGCCUGAAGCCUCAUAUGGGGAACGUGUUACAUAGGAACGGACCAGUCAUUGUCGGCUCAUAGAUUCACUACAUUAGUGCGGGAAGUCUAGCACUGGAAUCGGCUUCUGCCAUCAUCAGUUAAACAGAGUAACCUCUCUUUUAGUUCUUCUCAAAGGAAAUGUGUGCGGUAAAUGAAACGAAACAAGCCCAGUUGCGUGUUGCCAAACGUAUAGGCCUUAGGUUCCUAUCUCCUGCCGUUGCUUCAGCUUUAUUCUCAUUUAUUUCUGUGGUUAUGUUCAUAUCUGCUGCUUUCUUUGGGUGUGUCUUGUUUUUGCUCUAAUUAGAUUUUUGUUUGUUUUUAAUUAAGGGCUUUUGGUUGGAUUAAGGGUUAUAUUGAUGCUAUUUUUAAUGGGUUGUAGGUUUCCUCAGGGCACACAUGUUUCAGACCAUUUUAGAUGUUUCUCUACCAUCUGUGUUUCUUCCGUGACAUAGAGUCCAUCUGGAGAAAACAGAAGACAGUUCAGUAAUACCCAGUAUCACAGCUUGUUUGUGUUUUUAUUACAGAUGUAAAUGGUAAGUGCAAUAUCUGUGUCGUUUCCAUAGGUGCAUGGUAAGUGAAAGGAUCACAUUAGUUUUGCGAACAGUGCUAACGCUCUCAUCACAUCAGCAAUAGUCAGAAGUGUGUAGAGGUUCAGUAUUCAAGUGCACUACCAGCUAAAAGUUUGGACAAAAUCAAAUUGAUCUCUUUUGAUCUUUAACCUGUUGAACUUAAGGCAAAUGCUAUAAAUGAGGAAACAUAAGUUGUGCCAACAUAGUAAUUUUUAAUAGUAUUUUUUUUGUUUUGUUUAGUUUUAGACUCUUUACUGGCAGUGUACUGUACAUGCAGUAUUCAGAUGCAUGCAGUUUCAAAUUUUUAUACAAUUAUUUUCUUCUAUAAAUACAUCAAAACUCUUAGGCCCUAAAGAAACCUGCAAGUUGUGUGAUUUCCUAUAAGAUUUUUGGUUGCACUUUAUUUUACAGUAAGUGCACUUACAUGUACUUACAGUGUACUUGCCUAAGAAAGUACUGGUAAUAAAAGGUAACUAAAUGGGGAAGGGUUAGGUUUAGGUUCAGGGUUAUUUAUUGUAAUAACAUUAAUAUCUUCAUAGUAUGUACAUGAGGAACAGGACUGCAAAAUAAAGUGCUACCAGAUUUGUUCUUGAACUGUGAUCCUAUGAAAAGGCAUCAUAGAGCCUUGUUCAUUUGAUUCAGUCAUCUGGAAAAUCAGACCUCAUCAUAUUCCCCAAGAAACUACUUUUUGAUAUGUGUAAUUAAGUUGAUGCAAUUAUUUUCUUCCAAACAUUUUACCCCUCGGUUAAAGUGACUCUACAUUUUUUCAUUUGGUAAUGAAGGGCUGAAGGGACUAAAGCAUUUAGCAAAGUGAGUCUCACUGAAUUCUUGUUAACCAAGCAUUUUCCAUAACAAGAAAAGGUUAUUCUUGGGCGUGAAGUAGACCAGCCUCCAUUUGGAGAAGACGCUCUGAACAAGCCCGCUGGGAUUUCAUAAGCACACUUCUCUAAAGUCUUAUUGUAUUUGGCGUCCGGAAAUGUAAAACCAUGAUGAAAUACUGGCAUGUACCUAAAGUUUUAGCAACUGCAAAACCAGUAGGAGGAUUAGCAAGUCUACUUCUGCUGGUAACAGUCUAGGAUAUACCGUAUAAUUUGUCUUUUUGCCCUUUUGCCCUGUCUCUUUUUCUUAAAGGUUUAGCUUAAGGAAAUUAAUUGUUUUAAUGGCCCAAAGGCAUUAUGUCCCUCAGUAACCAACUGGCACCUCAAUGCAAAACAAAAUGUCCAAAGUGCCAAAUCACACGAGGUGCACAAAAGAUCACUUUAUUUGUACAGGUUUACAACAGGGUGAGAGGUUUGUACUCUAAAAACAAACAAAAAAACAAGUGAUUUAUAUGGUCUUAAACUGACAUUAUUUUUACCUACUGAGAUGUUGGGAGGAAUCACUCCCUCCAUAUUUGCACUUUUGGUAGGAAUGAGUCGGGGUAGUGCUAUCGUAGAAAAACUACCGAAGCAAUGCAAGAACAAUGCAGUGCUACUCAACAGUUAGAGUAUGUGCUUAACAGAAGUUAAACGGAUGAAUUUGCCCAAAUUGUUACAUUCAAAAUUCAUUGUAGCAACAAAGGAGAAUCAGGAUUGUGUUCCAGUGCUAUAGGCAUAUUUUGUGAACAGGCUCCAUCCAUAGAAAGAUGUUAAAUGUGUGUUCAUUGCUGUUUAUGUGUAAACAUCGUACCUUUCUUCAGAUAUUGUUCAGUUAAAUGCAGCCUAACAUCUUUUUGUUAAGGCUCAAGUAAUAGUGAAGGCACAUUAUCAGCCUUAUUUAUCUGUAAAAAUUUCAUUUAUGUCAUUCACUUAAUUUCAUACCGUUGCCAACUUCUGCUUCUACAAAGAAUGACCUAAAGCUGUGUGAAAGUGUGUUGACUACUGUAAGGUUUUUUUUUUUUUUUUUUUUUUUUUUUAACAGUGCAAUUGUUUUCCACUAUCCACUUUAGUUCUGUUGUUUGUCAUUGCCUUGUUGGUCUUUAAUGGCCAUUCAAAAUAAGUGAUUGUGGCCCCUUAGUAAACAAGCUAACCCCCGUAACUUGUUGCUAAUGCUUUCCAGAUGUUGCACAGAAUUGUUUAACUUUUCCAUUGUAAUUCCUACUGACUGCUUGUGAUGUUGCAUAACCUGGCAGCGUACAGCAAACCUAAAGAUGUUAAUGAAAUGUAAUAUGUUUAUGAAAAGAUACAAGAAAAGUAAUACCUAAUAUGUUAGUUACUUCAGUAUAAAUACAUUUACCUAUAUCCAUUAUAAAACACAAGGUUGUCUGUGCAAAUGCAUUUGGAUUGAGAACUGUCCAUAGGACAACAAACACUGUCUCCUCAAUUUAUUUUCUGUAAUAAUCAUAAAUUGAGAUGUGAUACUUAUCCAGCAUUUGAAAUGUUUGAUGAGUGACUGAGUGCUCUGAAGUGAUUUUUCCCUUUGAAUAAAGGAUUUGAUAUUAAAGGGAUAGUUCACCCAAAAAUGAAUUACUCAUGGUUUACUCACCCUCAAGGCAUCCCAGGUGUUUCUUUCUUUCAAUUUGAGUUAUAUUUAUGGAUUUAAAAAAUGUCCUGGCUCUUCCAAGCUUUAUAAUGGCAGUGAAUGGUUGUUAGUUUUUAGUAGUCCAAAAGAAGUACGAAUUUCGAAUAAGUUAGCAGAAGCCAGAGAUUAUCGUUUAUAAAGCUUUAAAUAUGGAUAUUUUUUCUUAUAAAAAUUUAUCGAUUCACUUCAAGAGGCCUUUAUUUACCCCCCAUAGCUUUGGGGGGUUUUUUUUAUGAUGGAUGGAUGCACUUUAUUGGACUUCUUUGGACCUUUAAAAAAAUAACCAUUCACAGCCAUUAUAAACCUUGGAAGAACCAAGACAUUUUUUAAUAUAACUCUGAUUAGAUAUGUCUGAAAGAAGAAAGUCAUAUACACCUAGGAUGCCUUGAUGGUGAGUAAAUCAUGAGGCAAUUUUCAUUUUUGGGUGAACUAUCUCUUUAAAAACUAAUUCCACUUCUUGUUUUGUGUCUCAAAACAAAUAAACCAUAUUUUACUUCCUGGUA